AUGAAGGUGUCACGGGCUUCACGUUUCCUUCCCAUCCUGGCUUUGGGCUAUGCUCCCAGCCAAUCUUCGGCCACUCUUUACGAUGUCCCGAUCGAGACGGAAUACGGAACCGUGCAGGGGUUCAAGUACUUCAACAGCACCACGACGCAGAAGUACUUUGGACUCCCCGACAGUGACAUUGCCGCAUUUCUCGGCGUGCCAUAUGCGGCGGAUACAGCGUACGAGAAUCGCUGGAAGCCGGCGCAGCCCCGCGAACGAUGGAAUGGAACUCUGAAGGCGACCAAGUUCGGGCCGGCGUGCCCCAUUGCCCACCAGGCUGUCGACUACACGCUCAGCGAGGACUGCCUCUCGGUCAACAUCUGGACCCCAGCCACUUCGCCCAACGCCUCACUUCCGGUCUUGGUCUGGAACUACGGAAGCGGGGAGACAAGCGCAGAGCCUCUCUACGACGGAGGAGGGCUGGCUACCAAGGAUGUCAUCGUCGUGAGCUACAACUACCGCGAUGCCGCCUUCGGGUUCCUCGCACAUCCUACUCUCAACGAAGAGUCUGGCCAAAACUCAUCUGGGAAUUACGGGAUCCUCGACUUCAUCACUGCGCUUGAGUGGGUGCAGAAGAACAUUGCCAACUUUGGUGGCGACCCGAACAAGGUGACCAUCGCCGGCGAAUCCUUCGGCUCUGCACAGGUGUACCACGCCGUCAACAGCCCGUUGGCGAAGGGCCUCUUCCGCGGCAUGAUCGCCGAGAGCGGGAUUCGAUACCCCUACGACCCGCUGCUUGCCGCCCUCGCAACCUCGUACCGAACCAUGGACUACGGCAUCGAAACCGGUCUCAACUACACCAGUUUCCACAACGUCAGCAGCAUUGCCGAGCUGCGCACCCUCAGCAUGGAAGAGCUCUUGGUGGGCAGCGACGACAGAGACUACUCCAUCAGCAACCUGACCGCCCUCUGGACGUCGAACCCACCGCUGUUCAAAUCCACUCUGGACGACUACGUCAUCCCGAUGAAGUACAUCGACGAGCUCAUCCAGGGCCCCGCCAACGACGUCGUCAUGAUGACUGGCAACAACCGCGACGAGAGCGGCGCCUCGACGACGACCAACUUCACGCUCGACGAGUUCGAGCGGUACAACACGGCGUGGUACGGCAACCUGUCGUCCGAGUUCUUCAAGCUGUACCCCGCCUCCAACUCCAGCGAGGGCAACGCCCAGUGGAACCAGGCGGCGUGCGAUCUUUCGCUCGUCUCGUCGUACCUCUACGCCAACGGCUGGAUCAAGUCGGGCGCAAGCAGCCCGUUCUACACCUACUACUGGGACCACGCGCGGCCGGGCACCACGUCGGGCGCCGCGCACAUGACCGAGAUCAACUACGUGUUGAGGAACCUGUACGCCACGGACCUGCCGUGGACGGCGUAUGACCACUACGUGGCGGAUGUCCUGUCGUCGUACUGGGCAAAUUUCGUCAAGACGGGGAACCCGAACUUGGGCGGGUCGUUCACGAACGGGACGCUGGCCACGUGGAGUGCGAAUCAGCAAGGCAACGAGACUGUCAUGCAUCUCGGAGAAGGCUUUGGGUCGGUAGCGAUUGCGACGCCGGAGAAGGUGGAUCUCUUGACGAGGUGGAUGCAUGGCCUGACGCCGUACUAG